CGUCAGGGCUAUUACUGGUCCAACUGGUCCGAAGGCAACGGCAACUGGGACUGUAGGAAUGGGGCCGGCGGCCAGUACAGCGUGACGUGGUCUGGUCAGAAUGGAGGCUUCGUGUGUGGCAAGGGCUGGCGGAACGGAGGAGCCAGGGUCGUGAAAUUCACCGGCACCUACCAACCCAAAGGACCCGGCUACCUCGCCGUCUACGGCUGGACCCGCAACCCGCUCAUCGAAUACUACGUCGUAGAAUCCUACGACAUCCUGGCCCCCGGCGAGCCGUGGACGCUCAAGGGAAACUUCUCCUCGGAAGAAGGCGAUUACCAAGUCUACACGUCUUCCCGCGUCAACAAGCCGAGUAUUGAGGGCACCAGGACGUUCCAGCAGUACUGGAGUGUCAGGACGGAGAAGAGGGUCGGUGGGACCAUCACGAUGCAGAGGCAUUUUAAUGAGUGGAAUCGGUUGGGCAUGAGGUUGGGGAGUCAUGAUUAUAUGAUUGUUGCGACGGAGGGGUUUACGAAUGGGACUAAGACGCCAAGUGGGACGGCGAAUAUCAAUGUG